AUGGCUGCUGGAGGAAGAUGCGGGGAGACGGUGGAACAGUGCCGGGCAGAGGUGGAGCGUUUGACCCGUGAGCUGGCGGAGGCGAACCGGGAGAAGAUCCGGGCUGCGGAGUGCGGUCUGGUGGUUCUGGAGGAGAACCAGACCCUGAAGCAGCAAUAUUCGGAUCUAGAGGCCGAGCAAGAGGGGCUCCGACAGGAGCUGGAGCAGCUACAAGAGGCGUUUGGCCAGACCUUCUCCACCCAGCGCAAGGUGGCUGCGGACGGGGAGACCAACGAGGAGAACCUCUUGCAGGAGUCAGCCACUAAGGAGGCAUACUACACGAGUCGCCUGCUGGGGAUCCAGUCAGAGCUCAAACAGAGCCGGGCCGUCACAGUCAACACGCAGGCCGACAACGAACACCUCAGUACCCUGCUGCAGGAGCUCAGAGAGAGUAAUGAGAUGUUGGAGCUGCAGCGGAGCCGGAUGAGAGAGGAGAUCAGGGAGUAUAAGUUCAGAGAGGCUCGACUCCUACAGGACUACACUGAGCUGGAGGAGGAGAACAUCACCCUGCAGAAACUAGUGUCCACUCUCAAACAGAACCAGGUGGAGUACGAGGGGUUAAAGCAUGAGAUCAAGGUUCUGGAGGAGGAGACCGAGCUGCUGAACAGCCAGUUAGAAGACGCCUUACGUCUCAAAGACAUCUCCGAGGCCCAGCUAGAGGAGGCCCUGGACUCCCUGAAGAGCGAGCGGGAGCAGAAGAAGCACCUCCGCAAGGAGCUGGUCCACCACCUCAGCCUGUGUGACGUCCAAUACACGGGCAGCGCCCACCUCACUUUCACCUCAGCUCCACCUAGUGGCACGGCUACGCCUGUCUCCGCCCUGUCGCCCAACUCAGAGGAGCUGGGCAGAUGUAACGGGCAUCUACAUGGAGGGUCAGGAACUGGGACGGGGACUGGAUCGCUGCCCAGGGCCAAUGGAGAGUGUCGGGGAGCGGGGAGGAAAGGAGAGGGGAUGGUGUCGGAUCUGUUCAGUGAGAUGAACCUGACAGAGAUACAGAAGCUCAAGCAGCAGCUGCUACAGGUGGAGCGGGAGAAAACAGGGCUGUUGAUCAGCCUGCAAGAGUGUCAGACGCAGCUGCAGCAUACACAGGGUGCCCUGAACGAGCAGCACGAGAGGGCCCUCCGCCUCAGCGAGAGAGUCACCGCCCUCAGGCACCUGCACCGGGAAGCCCAUCUCGCCCAGGAGGCCCAGCACGACCAGGAGGCCCACCUCAAUCGAGAGGCCCUGAUGGAGCAGGGAGAAGAGGAAGAGGAGAAAGAGAAGGGAUUAAUACACAGCAGGGGUCAGGCAUUCUGCCACCAGACCCCGGGUCUGGAGAUCCUCCAGUGUAAAUACAGGGUGGCUGUAACCGAGGUGGUCGAGCUAAAGGCUGAGCUGAAGUCGCUGAGAGAGAGGUACAACCAGUGUGUGGAGGGCGGGGUGGAGGAGAGGACGCGCGGAGAGGCCCAGCACAGAUCUCUGGAGCAGCAGGUGGGGAGGCUGGAGAGGAGCUGCCGGGAAGGUAGGGAGAAGGUGGGGGGCCUGGAGACGGAGCUGAGAACAGCCAAGAACAUGGCCAGCGAGAGCCAGGGGGCGCUCAACGCAGCACAGGACGAACUGGUCACCUUCAGCGAGGAGCUGGCUCAACUUUACCACCACGUCUGCCUCUGUAACAACGAGACGCCCAACCGGGUGAUGCUAGACUACUACAGACACGGCAGAGGACUAAGGGGUAUCAGUGCCUCGCUCAAGGGUGACGACACCCGCGUUCUACUCACGCCCCGCCUUGCCCGGCGGCUCGCAGCCGUUGCCGCUGCAACCUCGUCGUCCACGGCGGAGUCUCGCAGCCCCUCGGAAUCCCCAUCCAAAGAGCGGUUGUCAGGAGAGGGAGGCCGGGACGGGGGGAGGGACAGAGACAGUCCUGUACCCCGCACCCCUCCUACGGGCUCCCCCAGCAUCAGUGCCUCUUCCUCAUCUUCCUCAUCAUCAUCGUCGCCUGCGGUAGAGCCAGCUGGAGACCUGCGUAGGGAACCCAUGAACAUCUAUAACCUCAACGCCAUCAUCAGAGAGCAGGUGAGGCACCUCCAGAGGGCAGUGGACCGGUCACUGCAGCUGUCCAGACAGAGGGCUGCAGCCAGGGAACUGGCCCCACUGUUUGACAAGGACAAAGAGGCCUGUAUGGAGGAGAUACUGAAGCUCAAGUCCCUGCUCAGCACCAAGAGAGAACAGAUCGCUACCCUCAGACUGGUGCUCAAAGCGAACAAACAGACUGCAGAGAAUGCCCUGGCCAACCUGAAGAGUAAGUAUGAGAAUGAGAAGCACAUGGUGACAGACACCAUGAUGAAGCUGAGGAACGAACUGAAGGCCCUGAAGGAGGACGCUGCCACCUUCUCAUCGCUCAGAGCCAUGUUCGCCACCAGGUGUGACGAGUAUGUGACUCAGCUGGACGAGAUGCAGAGGCAGCUGGCUGCGGCGGAGGACGAGAAGAAGACGCUCAACUCCCUCCUGCGGAUGGCCAUCCAGCAGAAACUAGCCCUGACCCAGCGUCUGGAGGACCUAGCCUUCGACCAGGAGCAGUCGCACCGCACCCGCGGCGGCAAGGUGGCCCGCAUGAAGAGCAGCACCCCCAAAUCUCUCAUAGAUCGUCAGAAGUCUGCUGCCACAGUGCCGCCAGUCUCCUCACAGCUAAGGUGGGAGAAGGCCUCCCAAGCCAGCAGACGUAGCAUUGUGUCGGCUAUCCGGGAGUACCGAGCUCACUGCCCCCUGAGCAGCUACAGCAGCAGUCCUCCACGAGUGCCUCUCCUUUGGCUCGCCCAGCCGCCUUGUCCCCCUGGUCCUCUAUAA